CAAAAAGGAAAACAAGCGGUAAGAGCAAAAAAAAAAAAUUUUCCAGUUCCUAGUCUUGUCUAAAACUAUUAUCAUCGGACAACAACAAAGCAUAAACAACGUUUGUUUGUCGAUCAAUUUGGAUAAAAGACCAGAUACGACAUGUCGAGGGCUCGAGUGUACGCUAACGUCAAUGUUCAUCGUCCCAGAGAUUACUGGGAUUAUGAAUCUCUCACUGUUCAAUGGGGUGAUCAAGAUCACUAUGAGGUUGUUCGAAAAGUUGGGAGGGGAAAAUACAGUGAGGUUUUUGAAGGUAUAAGCGUAAUCAACAAUGAAAAAUGCAUCAUCAAAAUCCUUAAACCUGUCAAGAAAAAGAAGAUAAAGCGGGAGAUAAAAAUACUACAAAAUCUUUGUGGAGGCCCAAAUAUUGUAAAGCUGCUUGAUGUUGUCAGAGAUCAUCACUCAAAAACUCCUAGCUUGAUUUUUGAAUAUGUCAACAGCACUGACUUUAAAGUUCUUUACCCUACGCUGACAGAUUAUGACAUCCGCUACUAUAUAUAUGAGCUUCUUAAGGCACUGGAUUAUUGCCAUUCUCAAGGUAUAAUGCAUAGGGAUGUCAAGCCUCAUAAUGUUAUGAUCGACCAUGAACUGCGGAAGCUUCGCUUGAUUGAUUGGGGUCUUGCUGAAUUCUACCAUCCUAGCAAAGAAUACAAUGUUCGAGUAGCCUCGAGGUACUUUAAGGGACCUGAACUCCUUGUUGAUUUGCAAGACUAUGACUAUUCAUUAGACAUGUGGAGCCUGGGGUGUAUGUUUGCUGGAAUGGUAAGGUGUAAGCAUUAUGGUUGCUUAUUGUUUAUGGUGUAUUCUAAGCCACUAGGAAGUGUACUUAUAGUGGAACAACUUUGCUUAUUAUGUGGCACUAUAACAUUUUUCCUUCUUUGUUUUCCCCUGCAGAUUUUUCGCAAAGAGCCAUUCUUCUAUGGUCAUGAUAAUCAUGACCAACUUGUUAAAAUUGCCAAGGUACUUGGAACAGAUGAGUUAAAUGCAUAUUUGAACAAAUAUCAUUUAGAGCUUGAUCCUCAGCUUGAUGCUCUUGUGGGAAGGCACAGCCGAAAGCCGUGGUCCCGAUUUAUUAAUGCUGAUAAUCAGCGUCUAGUUUCUCCAGAGGCCAUUGAUUUUCUUGAUAAGCUUCUUCGAUAUGACCACCAGGACAGGCUCACUGCUAGAGAGGCAAUGGCUCAUCCAUAUUUCGUCCAAGUGAGAAGUGCUGAGAACAGUAGAAUGCGGACACAAUAACUGCAACCUCUUCUGGAGUCCCCGAGUCAGCUUUUUGAGCAGACUCGUACCCGAUUGAGGCAGGCUCCUUAUUCGUGUUGUAGCACUAGCAUAUGUAUGGUUCCUGGUAGAAAAGUCUUGUUCAGUCUGUUAUAACAUUCAUAUAUUUUUUGUAUGCUGACAUUCUUCAACUCUAUUUGGUAGAGUGCUAUUUAUAAUUUUGGGAUUAUAGUUUGUCCACAUACUUCUAACUAUAUUUCCUUUCCCUUUCCCCGAGACAAUUUCUAGUGUGACUUUUUUCCUUUUUCCUUCA